AUGGAAGAGGAGCGACAUUCGUUAAAUCUGAAUUUCACAACAGAGUCGGCUCAUCUAGUGGAAGCUCUGCUGGAGAGACACCGCCACCCCGUCACGAUGGAGCAGGUGGACAACCCUCCGGACAGUGAGAGGAGGAAUAUUCACUGGGUUGCGAUUAAAGACUUUACAGUCGAAGUGGGGAAAACGCAGAUUGGGGAGUAUAUUAACACCUGGGAGAUGCAGCCCGGCUGGCUUUACGGCCUGGACUUUCUCUACUCAUCUGAGCAGGAGCAUCACACCUUCUACCACUACCGGGCCCGCUUCAGUACCCCGAGCCCGCGGAGGCCGAUUCAGGGGACAGCUAGCGUCUACUUCGUCAUGGACAUAUCUAAAGUCAAGCCCCAAACUCUGCCCGUGGAGGUGCUUUUCGUCGUGGAGUCCAGCAGGCUGGUGCACACACCCGGGAGGACCAGAUUCAGAGAGAAGUGGCUGGCGGACAUUAUUGAAAGCAAGACAUUGCUCCGAAGAGCGGUGGACCUUUGA